AUGGGUGAAUUGUUGAGUCGUUUAGUGUAUUUGAUAAAAAACGGAAUGCCAAAAGAACCAUAUAAAAUGGUACUUGUUGUACGAACAGAUAUUCUAAUGACCAAGGGAAAAGUAGCAUCACAAUGUUCACAUGCUGCUGUCGAGUGCUUCAGCAAAUCAUCAAAAAAUAUUAUGCAAAAAAAAAAUGUAGAAUCAUGGAUGUUUUUGGGUCAGCCAAAGAUUGUCCUAAAAAUAAAUAGUGAAGAUUCAAUUAUUAAAUUAUCAGAUGAUGCUAAAAAAAUUGGACUUGUUACAUCAUUGAUUAGAGAUGCUGGAAGAACUCAGCUGGAGCCUGGAACAAUAUCUGUUCUUGGAAUUGGACCUGGACCUAAUAGACUCAUUGAUAAAAUUACCUCGCAUCUUAAACUGUUGUAAUAAAUUUGUGUCAUUUUAUUAUUAUGAUUGAUAAACA